UGAAGUUCCAGGAGAGUUGGUACUAGUUAUUACCUGCCACAAGACUCUGUUUUGGCGUGCGGCAAUGUCUUAUGAGCAUGUCAAUGGAGCUGAUGAGGAAGACUUCGAAUACAACGAUAGCCGUCUUCUGGCCUCUCGCUCGAGGAUUGCUGCGGCACACCCAGACCUGGCUCGGAUGAGACCUUCUGUGUACUACGAAGAAGGCCCCUUUGACGCACCUUCCUCGGACGAAGGCGAGGGUCUCAUUGAGAAGCAGGAUCACGCUGUUCUUUCGAACGACCAACAUGUCUUCGAUGACACGGAGCCGGGAAAUGGCUUGCUGGUAGGAGGAAACAAAAGGCCCGCUAGCCUCAAGUACCUCGUCAUCUCUUUAGCAGCACUAGUUUUCCUUUCUGCCACUAUUGGACUGUUUGCUGCGACAUCCCUGUACAAUGGACAGACCUAUCGACUGCCAGGUGCCAGGAAAAUAUCCUUGGACCAUAUAUUCAAUGGAACAUUUAGUGCCUCAGUGGAGGGUGUUCACUGGGUUCCUGAAGCCGGCGAUGGUGUUUUCUCUAUCUUCCAGAAUGGACAGAUCCAGCUUGUUGACCUGAAAAAUAACCAAACGACAAACCUCGUCUCCAUGAUAGACAUAAAGGAUGAUGAGGGAAACAUUAUAAACUGGACAGAUUGGAAGCUUUCGCCGGACAUGACGUAUAUACUGGUGAAGGCCAACCAUCUCAAGCAAUGGCGUCACUCGAGCUUCGGCAAUUACUACGUGCAUAACCUGAAUACCAAAGUUACAUACCCAUUAGUGCCGCCCACCUAUCCCCCAGUCACUGCUUAUGCUACCUGGUCCCCGACUGGGCAAUCUAUAGCGUUCGUUGCCGCCAACGACAUAUAUGUGCUCCCAUCUCCGUCCGCUUCCACUUCUCCUAUUCGUGUCACCAGCUCUGGAAAUACAUCAUUAUUUAAUGGUGUACCUGAUUGGAUCUACGAAGAAGAGGUUUUCUCGGGUGAUUAUGCGCUGUGGUGGUCUCCUGACUCCACGAAGAUUGCUUUUCUCCGUCUCGACGAGACCGAAGUUGACGAAUUUCGGUUCCCGAUCUACAAUCCAACAGAUGAUUCUUAUGCUGUUGUUCCAUACACCCAAGAUGUUGUCAUCAAAUACCCCAAACCAGGCUACAACAAUCCUCUUGCCUCUGUGCAUGUUUUCGACGUCGCACAGUAUCUAGAACAAUCUGAAACAUCUUCUGGCUCGACUGCCGAGAAUUAUACUUCCGAGCUCACUUGGGAAGGUCGCUUCCCCGUAGCUAACAGUGUCAUAAUGGAUGUGACCUGGGUUGGCCAAUCGACGCUCAUUGUCAAGGAGGUUACUCGCGCUGCAGAUAAUGGUAGUGUUGUAUACUUCGGUUUGACAAACAUGGGAAAUGCAGAGAUCGUGAGCGGAACGGUAGUCCGAAGGCUUGGCAGUGGUGGUGAGGAAGGCGAUGAGGGCUGGAUUCAAAGCGCCCAAAAUAUUUUCCCUCUUCCAGACGGCCUGCGUUCAGGGGAUUCAUCUGCCUAUCUAGAUGUUGUACCAAAUGACGGCUACAACCAUAUUGCUCUAUUCGAUCCCGCCGAGAGUAAGACUCCACGUUUCCUCACUUCCGGCCCAUGGGAAGUUACAGGGGGCAUCAAAGCAGUGGAUACGCAAAGAGGAUUGAUAUAUUUCCAAGCCGCGCGGUCAUCAACUCAACGCCACAUCUAUUCGAUCCCAAUUUCAGCAUCAAAUUCAGAAUACGUGGAGCCCAUCUCGCUCACAGAUGAAUCAAUAUCCUCUUCAUACAGCGCUAGUUUUUCACCUGAGGCUGGAUUUUAUCUUCUCAAUUACAACGGACCAGGUGUGCCAAGGCAGCGAAUUGUCAAUGUUGGCAACAAUGAUUUCGAUUAUGUUCUGACGGACAAUUCUGCAUUAAACACCACAUUGGCCGAAUUUGAAACUGCCGCCGUCACGUAUUCAACUAUCGACAGUGAUGGCUUUGAGCUAAAUGUGAAGGAAAUGCGUCCUCCGCGCAUGGAUGACUCAGGGCGAACGAAGUACCCUGUCUUAUUCUUCGUGUACGGUGGGCCAGAGAGUCAGCAAGUCAAUGUCGCGUACAAACGGGACUGGCAUGACUAUCUCGUUUGCACACUGCAGUAUAUUGUCGUCACCGUAGACGGUCGGGGAACUGGAUUCAAGGGGCGGCAACUGCGCAACCCAGUAAGGAAUAAUCUUGGCUUCUGGGAAACCCGGGACCAAAUCAACGCCGCACGCAUCUGGGCUGGGAAAGACUAUGUUGACCGGAAACGUAUUGGAAUUUGGGGAUGGUCAUAUGGUGGGUUCAUGGCUUCCAAGGUUGCGGAAGCAAAUGCCGAUAUCCACACUUUGGCCAUGGCCGUCGCUCCUGUGACCAGUUGGAGACUAUAUGAUUCCAUUUAUACAGAACGGUAUAUGGACUUGCCUGACGAUAAUCCUGGAGGUUACAUCAAUGCCUCCAUUUCGCAUGUAGAGGGCUUCAAGAACAUUGACUAUCUCCUCGCCCAUGGCAGCGGAGAUGACAAUGUCCACUAUGCAAAUACGGCUCACUUGUUGGACAUGUUCACAAAAGCCCAAGUCAGAAACUUCCGUUUCAGGAUGUUCACAGACAGCGAUCACUCGAUCACUCGUAGAGGUGCGAAUAGAGAGGUUUACGAGUACAUGGCGUUGUUCCUCAUUGAAAAGUGGGGGAAAGGUGGCCGGCGGCGCGGUUGGUGAUUGGAUACCAGUCAACGUAUGUGCAAUGUACAUAGAUAUCCGGUUGUCAUAAAUUUCCAGAUCGGAAGCGGGGAAACUCGUGCGGGUGUUUUUCAUGUUUGCUGCGUGGAUAAUGCAUGUAAACGGCAGGAUCCAAAAGAGGCUAGGAAAAUUUUACUACAUAGUACUAGUACGCCAAACCACCUUGCCUUUCGGAUGUGG